CUUUAUGUUCCUCCUCUGGGUGGUGUUUGAGAUCUUCACACCCAUAAUGGGCCGCAGUGGCACUGAACUCCCCCCUGAAGUGGUCCUGGCUACGUUAGUUACACUGGCAACCAUCUUCCUAUCCUCUUAUUUUCUUCACUUUAUUUACCUGGUUCGAAGCACCAAGUGGAUCCUGGCUGGAUUGGGCUCUGUUUUUCUUGUUAUGUUCCUGUUUGUGUCGUCAGGGCUGUUCUUCCCAUAUUCAGGCCGCCCAGACAGUCCAAGGCCUAAAAGAGUUUUUAUUCAGCAUACAACACGGACUUUCCACAAUCUUCAAGGGCAAGUGGAAAGUCAGGACUCCGGUCUUUGGAUCAACAGCUUUGAUUUCACAGCUGUUCAGCACAUAUCACCUCACAUCCCAGAGAUCAACGACACAGUUCGAACUCACUGUCAAGAAGACCGGCCAUUUUGUGGCUACCCGUGGUUCCUCCCUGUGAAGUUCCUCAGCAAGAAAAACUGGUACCUUCCUGCUGCAGAAGUGAUGCCGACCUCUCCUGUGGAGUUCAGCCUGCUGUCCAAAGAAGAGACUAGUUGGGGAACAAUCAAGAUGACAUUCCGUGCCAAAGGUCCGAGUCACAUGUCUUUGUAUUUGAUGCCUCAUCGUGGAGCCAGCCUGUCUACCUGGUCUUUUGGGGAUGGAGUGCCUCAAUAUGAUCUCAGCGGAGAGUAUUUUAUCUUUUACUCUCAUGGCGUUGAUGCCCCUGCUUGGACAUUCUGGUUUGAAAUUCAGCCUCCAAAGGAUCCAGACCCCUCAGGGCCAGAGGGGACAAUCUCAGUGGCCAUUUCUUCUCACUAUUUUUUUGGUAAAGACCAGAGGACUGCUCAGCUCCAAGAAAUCCUUAACAGAUUUCCUGAUUGGUCUUUCCCGUCAUCUUGGGUCAGUACAUAUGACAUGUAUAGAUACUAAGUCGACUGUGGAACAAGAAGUUGAGGGCUUCAGACUCAAUAUAAACUUCUGGCCUUGUCACUAAAUACACAUGCUCUCUCCAGUGAGGUUGAGAGGGAGACCAUCACCACUGUGUCAGCGGGCUAGUAUUAGCUAACAACAGGAAGAGACAUGCCUCUCUGGUCAGGAGCGGUCACAGCUCACUGACCAACUGCUGCACCGGCCACUGUGGUCAUGUGCUUGCUCCUGGAUCGACAGAAAAAGGAGUUAAGUUUAUUUACUUGAUCUGUUGUGCCUUUAUUUUAAUCACCUCAUUGCACUGCAUUCAUCCUCAGCCACUGACUUGAUCUAAUUCUCUCUCUGUUAACACUCUUCCUUAAUAAUCACAUGGCUGCCUGUUAUUUGUUUGUCUUGAUAAGGGAGGGAAACGCCUCCUAUUACUUUAUGCCAACACACAUUAGAUUUUGUUUAUGCGAUAUUGCUCAUGACCAUUCCUCAUUACAGCUGAUUUGUAGCCUCUGUACUAUACCUCUCACAUUUUUAUGAGGAAUGCUAAUAAUCAGCACUAUACUGUGAAAGAACCAAAUAGGAUAUAAAUAACUGUUUUAAAAUCUAGUCAUGGAAAUAAAUAUAUUUGUUUUAAAGUCUUAUUUUGCUGAUGUCUUUGGGUAAAGACUGUGCAGUAUGCAGCUUUUGUGGCAAGGAGCAUGCCCCAUUUGUCUCUAUGGAGAUUUUAAAUGCUUUGCCUGAAAUGUUUUACAGUAUGGCAUUAAACUUAUCUGUCUGUAGUAACACAACAACUUACACAACUCCAUAGAGACAAGCAGGUGGUGUACCCACCAAUAGGAAAGUUACAUAGUGUACCUUUUUUAAGUUUGAAGUCACGGCUGGCUUUUUCUUUUAAGAGUUAUGGGAAACCUACAAGAACAGGGAUAGUGUAAUUGACCUGUGGUGUUUGGUGGUUCCUAAGCUGUGAGCUGCUGAGGUGUGAAGAGAAACAAGUAACAUUACUCCUCAUGAAUGUCAUCAACAUCUCUCACACAGAGAAGAACAACAUUACUGUAAGAGGAUAGGACUAUUUUUAUAAACUUGAGUGGGCCUCUUAACAAUGUCCUGCUACCAAAUAACUUGUUAAUAUAACUGGAGAUUUUCCACAUUAAUGUAAACUGACUUGGUUAUGUUACGUCAACAAACAUUCAAAAGCAUGGGAGAUUUAAUAUUUUUAUUUAUGAUGUUAAGGUCUAACCUCAAGCCUGUAAAAGGUGUGUAGAUGCAGAUUACCUGCAGUUUGCUUGGUGCUUUGUCUUUUUUUUUUUCCAAACCCAAUUUGUGGUUAACUGCUGUUGUGAUCCACUUUUUACACAAACAUGAAACUUGUGACUGUAUUUUGGAUUAGAGGAAUCAUCCCUUGUAUUGCCUAGUGAUGUUGACCUACCAUUUAGGAACCACUGACCUUGUGUUUAUUCCUGAAGUUUUCAUCUGAUUUGACAACUAGUGGAAUGAGUUUAGAUAGUUGUUUAACUGUGUUUAACUCUGUUUAGGAAGUCUAGUUGUAUGUAUAACCAAUUGCACUUCACCAUUGUUGUCUCUCCCAACACAAAUGUUGUUUGGAAGUUAUUCUUUCAGUUUUUCUGUCUUGGGAGUUUGCACUUGAAAAACCACACCUGAUUGUCCACCAUGUUUCACUUAUGUUCUAAAUGUCACCUGUUGAUUUAACAUAAAACUGAAACGAUGGCCUUAACAUCUUCCCAGAGAAACAAACAUUGACGCAGGAGCGGUAAAUAUUAAAGAUGUUAAAGUAUUCUAAUAUAGCCAGCUGACAGUGACCUUUCCACUAUUUCUGAAAUCCCCUCAAGGUUUUAGUUUGUCAGACAGUAUAAUAGUAGAGUUUCAAUGGGCAAUGGACAAAAGGCAUGUUUACCAAAAAAAAAAAAGGAAAAAAUAUGCAAAACAUGAUGAUUGCUGUAGAGAUUUUUUUAAAUAAAUAAAAAUAAAUGCUUUUUUAAAGAGGUAUAAAGAAUGGAUUGAAAAUGUUUUCAUGUUUUAAAGAUUUAAAUAUAUGGGGAGUCCAUAGCUGCUGCAUGGUGAAGCAGGCAAAUAUCAAUGUGUUGUAGUCUUUCUGAUACACCAAUGCUGCUACAAGUUUAACUUUAACUACUGGUGAUAUUGAACAAUGAGACCUUUCAAGUCUUUAUUUUUCUGCCAUAUUAAGUUGCAGAUGGUGGAUGUAGCUAUGACAAAGGUAGCAGUCAAAAUACACAUUUUCUCCACACUCAUUUUUCUUUGUUAAAUGUUUGAAUGUCAUAAAUGUUAAAAUGUGCUUUCUGUAACAUUUAUUUUGGUAGAAGUAAUUUCACAUGGUUCUCACUUGUUUUUUGGGGGAUUUUUGAUCUGAUGGUGGUUGGGAUGUUGAUGCUUGUUACAGGGUAUCCCAUGUGAUUGACUGGAAUGAUUUAUGCAAAAGCUUUUAUUAGUAGCACUUCUACAGCUAUUAAAAUGACUAAAACA